GCUGAUCUUAUUUUCGUGUGAGCAUGGCCUGAUCCUCGCUAUUGGGUGGCUGUGAAAGGGAAGGUUCUAGCCUGUAGCUUGAUUGUUAAGAAAAUAUUGCGCUAUGCCCGAAGACGGAACACAGAACCUCAAGCUGGUGACCUGCACUGCUCCAGUCAACAUCGCUGUUAUAAAGUACUGGGGAAAGAGGGAUGAGGAUUUGGUCCUGCCCAUUAAUUCCUCCUUGAGCGUAACGCUUCACCAGGACCAGCUGAAGACCACCACCACCGUCGCCUCGAGUCGGAGCUUGAAGGAGGACCGCAUCUGGCUGAAUGGCAAAGAGGAAAACAUCAACCUGCCCAGACUGCAGUCCUGCUUGAGAGAAAUUCGGCGCCUUGCCAGGAAGAGACGCAGCAGUGGGGAUGGGGGUGCGGAAAGCUCAGGGCUGGCGCACAAAGUGCACAUCUGCUCUGUCAACAACUUCCCCACCGCGGCCGGGCUGGCCUCCUCCGCCGCCGGCUACGCCUGCCUGGUGUACGCGCUGGCCCGGCUGUACGGGCUGGAGGCCGAGCUGUCGGAGGUGGCGCGGCUGGGCUCCGGCAGCGCCUGCCGCAGCGUGUACGGCGGCUUCGUGCAGUGGCUGAUGGGAGAGAGGGAAGAUGGGAAGGACAGUGUGGCGGAGCAGGUGGAGGCCGAGUCUCACUGGCCGGAGCUGCGCGUCCUCAUCCUGGUGGUAAGCGCAGAGCGUAAACUGGUGGGCAGCACCGCAGGAAUGCAGACCAGUGUGGAGACCAGUCCACUCCUGAAGAAAUGGCAGUGGAUGGAGAGAAUCUUUGCAGCCUGUGUCUAUGGUGCCGUGUUUCUCCAGGUGGCGUACACCUUUGAUGCCGGCCCCAAUGCUGUGAUCUACACUCUGCAGCAGCACUUGGAACAAUUUGUCGAGCUGCUCAAGCACUUCUUCCCCCCGGAGACAAAUGGUGAACAGUUUGUAAAGGGUCUGCCUGUGAGACCAGCAUCUCUGUCUGAGGAGCUGAAGGCCAGCAUCGGGAUGGACCCCACUCCUAAAGGCAUCAGCUACAUCAUCAGCACAAAGGUUGGCCCAGGUCCUUGCAUGGUGGAGGACCCCAGUCUCCAUCUGCUGGGAUCAGACGGGCUGCCCAAGAAAGUGCCUGAUCAGGAGGUGUCGGUGUAGAAUCUCCUACGGCCCAGCUCCUAGCCCGAGGGAACCACAGGAGACCCUGGGAAGGGACAGGAAGUGAAGUACCGCCAAUUCAGACCAGGAAGUGUUUGUUCUCCAGCCCUAGUGUUUUUACACUGCGUCAUCCACAUUGUUGGCUGCACUUUAUGAGGGGUUUGCAUACCUCAUUUUGUAUUAUUGAUAGUAAAAGCUUUUUGUUCUGAAGUUUUUUAAGUAAAAUUCAGGGGGGCACUGACUGUAAAUGUUUUCCUUUAAUUCAAGUGCUGCUUUUUGCUAUUGCGGUUGUCAGCAUACAAAUGGGUUCAUCUUAUUUGAAUUAAACUAUUCACUGAUCUGCUAGGUUGACCUCUUGGUUUAUAAAGUAAAUCUAUUUGUUGAGCCUUUGGAUUGACUAGUGUCCCAUCCAAUGGGAGAGCACUUAUGUACUAGUACUGCCUUGUACCCUAGUUUCAAGGAUAAGGCUUUGACUCAUCAGGAUAAGUGGCUUUCUGAUAAUGGGUACUUAUUUGUUGAUGAUACAACUUCUUAAUUUAUUGUACACUCAUUCAUGUCUGCAUUAGUAAAGCAGUGAAAGAACAAACACAAACAUUAGUUCCAGAACAUACCAAGAACAAAAUGGGAAUUGUUUGUAUCCACAUUUGCGUAUAAAAAUGAUCAUUAAAUAUCUUCACUGUU